CUCGCGGCUCUCAAACGCGCGUUUUUGCCAACCUCUCUCGGGUGCACCCAGAGGGGUUUGUGUUUAGCGGUCGUGCCGUGAAAUUUCGCGCCAAGGAAGAUAUUACCGAGAGGGAAUCUCACACGAAACAUGGGGGGAGGGGAAGUGCUGAUAUUUUUAACCGAUAAUUUUCACGAGCUCUCUUCACCGCCCAAGAAGGAAAACAUAAGCUAUUACUUAAGCUGUUACACGACUACUCUGACUGAAGGCCAGGGUCGUGGCACGCGAGACUCGUGCAGUUCAGAAUCCCACGGUCCCGAUGGCCGGUCAUGCAAUCGAACGCGAUCUUUGCGCUACAUGUAAUGCGGAAAAAGUAUCUCCUGAGAAAAGUACUUGUGCAAAUGCAUAAUUCUCGUCAUCAAGGGCGCAUGCAUCAAGGCCAUCAAGUAGUGACAAAGUGUAUUAAAUGUAUAGAAAUUUAAAAAGUUCCGUGUGCGAUUGACUGCGAUGUAUAAAAGAUGGACCUACGUAAUUAAAAAAAGACAUUAUGGGCAAUGCUCACCAUAAUAUUCUGUGCAAGUGUGAAAAGAACAGUGCGGUCGAGCGAAUCGUUUCUCUUACUAAUUGGUUUUCCGAUAAGUGCCGUCGUGUAUUUGUGCUAGAAAAGUAAGACUCGACGAUAAACAAUGGGAAACACGAAAUCACAACCUUGCGGACGAAGCAAGUCGCUUUAUUUGUUCUAUCUUAUCCAUCGAACGUGGAGCGUCGUCAUAGAUCAUCGGAAGGAUCAACAUCGUUGUGACGAUACCGAUGGAGAAACAGACCUGUCCUCAAAAUGCAGCACUUGCAACGUAUGCGAUUACCGACGGGACAGUCUAGCCUUCGAAAGCGAGUCGGACAUGGCGCCCAAUGCGGAGGAGGAACUGCUGGUUGUGAAACCAUGGGGACCGCAACCGGAAAAGGAGCGCUUAAGACCACCCACGUAUAACGCUGAAGAUUACGCAAUCGCACUAAGACGAUGGGGAAGACGCCCAUUAGGAACCGUUCAAGACUCUCAAGGUACUUUGCCGUCGACAACCAGUUCGAGUUCCGGUUAUGCAUCCGGAAGUGGCGAGAUGACCUUGAGACAGUUCACGUCGGUCAGCGAGCUGUUAAAUAAACUCAGAGCCGAUCUCAGACUUGCCUUUCCCAGUUUUGUGCAAGAGUUCGCCUCCCCGCCUGCGGAUGGAAUCACCCUCCUGCUGGAAACUUUACGCGGUGUUCAACUGGCCCAAAGUUCACCGCCGAGUUCGGGGCAGACUGGACCCAGGAUCGGUACCAGAAGGGCUGCCCUGGACGAAUUGGGGUGCGUGGAAUGCCUGGCCGCGUGCGGUGAACGAUGCGCCGAUGCGCCGCGACUAUUAGUGCAGGCGCAACCUGGCCUCCUGGCUCUCGCGGUCUGUCUGACUAGCAGUCUGAACCGGUCCCGAGUUCUGGCUCUUCAGCUCUUAACGAAAGUGUGCCAAGCACCAGGUGGACAUGCGGCCGUUUCGGAAGCGGUAUCAACUCUGAGACUCAAAUAUGGAGAAGGUGGAAGAUUCCGAUUUUUAGCGGGCGCUCUUUUAGCUCCGAGGGCAGCCAUCGCGUUGAGGGUUGCAGGAGUUUCAUUUCUAAAUGCUUUUUUGAAAUCUGCGCCCCGCACGCAAACUAAGUUAUACAUCCAGGCUGAAGCCUGCGAAGCUGGCCUAGAGCCGCAGGUACUUCAGGAAUGGCUGAGAGAAUUCGACGGACGCGAGGAGGACGCUUUAACUGAUUUGCUGCACAAGGAAGUUCAGAAAUGGAUGCACAACUGCGUCGAUGUGGACGCUCUGCAGCGCAGGGUGACACGCGCGGAGGAAACCUGUAGGAUACUCAGCAAAAAAGUAUCGCUUCUGCAGUUGCAAUUAGAGAAACGAAAUGACUGCAAUUUGGAGGAACGAGAUAAAUCUGCGUCGAUGAUCCUUAUUGCCACUAAAAGCCCGAAAGUGUCUUCGAAUGCGGAGGACGAAGGUAUCAGCUCUUCGGAGAGAUCCAGCAGCCCUGAAAAUACGAAGCAUCAAGCACGAACCAAUCGGCAGAAAGCCUCACCUACGCAAAGCAACGAUCAGGAGACAACGAUAGACGACGUGAUCGAGGAGCUGCGGAUCAUAGUGAAGGAUGCCGAGGAAGAAUUCAGCGACAAAACUCAGGAACUGAACCGUCGUGCUAAUAACGAUCAAGAAGCAGCCCAUAAUAAUAAACAGGAAUCGGAUAAAAACAAAUUAUAUCGAUCAAAUUCCAAAAUCUCGUUGAAUAAUUCCGAGAGUUAUAUGUACGACAAAAUAUCUAAAAAGGACCAAUAUGCGGAUUUGAAGAUGCUAAAAUCAAAUGCGAGCCCUAACGCGUUUCCAAAUCAGACAAAAGGUGAGCAGGUGACCUAUUUCGGCAACGAUCAAGAUUACAGCACGGACUCGGACGGCACGAAGGGGUUGAGUCUUGGUGAGCCGCGCAAAACGUCCAAGUCGUCGAUGGAAGGCAGCGUUAAGAUCGUCGUGAAGGGACCCGAUGUGGAAGAGGCGAUAGUGCCGGCUAUUCUGCAUCCGCAACCGCCACGAAGGGCACCGCCCUGCUUAUCGGCCAUCAUGUCCGCCAGGCAUUGCGAUUUCGUCGAUCACGCGGAUAUGUACAACUCCCACGACGAGGAAGUCGAGGAGGAAACUCUGGGUGACGGCAGCGAUUCCUUGUUAAGCGCUUCCAAGCUCAAAUAUAAUAGCAAACAUCAAAUCUACGACGGACAGAUGAGGAACCUCAAUGAGGAUCACUUGCAAAAACAGACUAAGAGCGACACUAUACUGAUAGGCCCGAAUCGUAUCGAUGUUAAACUUGGAAAGAGUCUCGAUGAUCUGUGUUACUUCGGAGAUAACGAUAUGAAUGACAGAAAAACGUUGAGAAAUUACGAGUUUUCGAAAUCAAAGAUAAUUACGGAUGUCAGGCCGGUUAACAGACAAAUCGACGUUUACAGACAAUUCGAAUCUAUUCCCAAGGGAUUCGAGACGUCCUCGGGACGAUCGGCCGAUCAACGGACGAUCCAUCGGCACAGCUCCAAAUACAGAAGCGAGAUAGAAAAGAGAAAAUAUUUACGUCGCUCGGCUAGUCACGAUUAUUUCGAGUCGAAUAUGUCCAGUCCGCAGUCGAGACGCUCGGGGAGCAGAGUGGAGUGUCGUAUCAGGAAAUUUGAAAGCUUAAAUUCUUUCGACGAACAUCGAAGUCUACAUAAUUACGAGAGAUCGAACGACUCCGAGAAUCUUGAUAAACAAGAGCAGACGUCACUCCUAAUAGAUUCUUCGAGAUUUAAAAUGCGUAGAUCGGAAUCUUUCCAUCACAUCUCCCAUCACGUAUCGAAGAAGGAUCAAUGCUCGUCGAAAGGGGAGAGCGACAGCGGUCUUUUCUACAUCACGGACUUUAAUCUGAAACCUGUCGUCACGAGACGACCGCGAUCGAUCGACGCGCCCAAAUCUCCCAGUUUGAUAACUAAAUCCCUGGACAGGAUUGACGAGGGUCUAGAUUCGAUGGUCGACAUUGUUAUUAUGCAAGAGCAAAAUCAGUGGAACGGAGAGAAACGUCAAUCGAAGGCGACCAAGUCACGCGACGAGAAGCAACCGACGAGAUCGAGAGCAGUCAGAUCUGACGAUUUCUGUGGUAACUCUUCAGAAUUUGAUCAGCAAGGAAAACGGGAUAAUAUCGUUUCUAGACAUCUGAAGAACGACGAGCUGUAUCAUGUUAACAACAAACAAUUAAAAAGCGAUGAAUUCUACGAGGAACAGAAGACUCGCGAAUGGAAUUAUCAUAAUGAGUUAAAUUAUGCGAAAAGCCAGGGUGAAACUAGCUCACCGGAAGACUCACCGAUAAUAUUAUCGAAAAAUGGCAUAAGACACAAUUCCUUUUGUCAAAAGGAUAAAGUCAGUGGUAAGUUUUCUGGUAGGCCGAACGAAUCGGCAAUUUUUGCUGGACGAACAUACGAUACAUUUGGCCUCGGAAAGAAUCGUUUCAAUGCAGGCAAAUAUUCAGGAAAUCAACAAAUUAAAGAAAAUCCAAUUAGUCGAAGAAACACGACAUCUUCGCUAAUUGGGAAACGUGGAAAAGUAACGGAUGUUGUCUCCGGUCUUUACUGAACGCGAAACAUAAGUUAUAUAUAGAGCUUUAAAGAACCAAUGGAAAUGAUUCGUACAUUCGUCUUCAUUUUCUCGCGUAUAAAAAAUGAUUAAGAUUUAUAAUUAAGAAUAACUAAAUUAACACUAUGUUUUGUAGAUAAAACUACAAUAUAAAAAGAGCUCUUUAGAAUCAUUUUUGUAUAAAAAUAUUCCAGAUACAUUAGGAUAUUAUAUGUAUCAUAUUAAAAAUUGAUGCAGAAAAAUCAAUUAUUUUAUUCUAGGUUUAAAUUGGAUUCCAAUUUAAAGCAAGCGUUAAAUGUAUGUGAAAAAAAUAUAAUUUUAUUAUGCUGCCCAAUAGUAAAACAAGAAAAUAUGUAAGUUUGAGAAUUUGUGAUUUUUAUAAUGUAUGAAAAGCACAAAGAAAGAGUAUAACGAAUGAUAGAUUUCAUCGGUACACAAGUACGUUAUUUCUUAUUAAAUAGAAAUCGAUUAGACAAUGAUAAUAAUUUUGAGUGCAAUAUUUUUGAGUAUUACUACGAUGCUAUACCUGUAAUAAUUAAUUUACAUCGAAUAUACACAACGAAUACACGUCUUUUAUAACAGCAAAUAAUUUUUCUGGUGAUGGACUCUUGUGUGCCUUCACUACAUUGUGUGAUACAGUUCUUUGUUAACAACGAUUAUAUAUGCAAUAGUAGUGCAAGUGCCAACUAAGACUGUACUUCGUAGAUUUCUAUUACAUGUAUAUAUAAAUUUGAAGAUGAGGUUGAAAUGAUUUUUAUUAAACAUCAGGAAAAUAAUGUUUAGAUUAAGCAGCAAGAUUAUUUAUAGCUUCUAAAAUUAUAACAAAAUUAUUUUUUGCGUUAAGAAAUAAGGACAAAACCUUUCAUAUUAAGAAAUAACUUUAUUUCUACGUCGCUUUUAAUUUAUUGAUUUGUGUGCUUAAUAUCAUUUAAAUAAAGAUUGUAACUAUGUAACAUUCUGUUUAAUAAAACUUGUUUUUUUUAUUGAUA